UGCUACUAGACGAUGGCUCGAAUUUACAGGCACCUGAAUCUCCUCCCGCGGCCUUUUAUUGGAGAGACAUGAUAGGUCCCUACUGCUAGAGCAGCGUUGCGGCGCGAAAUCGUGAACAGUGCACGACAAGGCACGACGCCCACACCGGAGGGGCAACAUGCAUGAACAUGCUACAAUGCUACAGUAGUCUCUCAGACCACGCGACAUACCAAUCCCAACGAAUCUGCUUGCCGCCGAGAAGAAUGAAUCUACCGCCCGCAUGCUGGCAAGGCUCCAGGGAAAUCUGAAAUCGGCGCUACAGCUUCACUGCCAUUGGCGGUGCUGUCUAGACUGCGGCAUGUCGCAACGAGCAUGUCUAGUCUUCGCUGACUGAUGUCAGUCGGUAUAAGGGCUCUCUCUUCUCCACGGACUCUCGGUGAGGCUCACAUUUUUGAUCUUGCUCACCGACGCCGCCGCCCUAAUAUCACCUUGGCCUUGAACCAAUCGGUGCGGAGACUAUUCCAGCUAAAGCGGUAUUUACCACUGUUCCGAUCCCACAUCGAGCACAAGAAUCAGCCGAAAUGACUGUCACCCUGCGCCAUGUCCGCGACAAGGGACCAGUCGCCGAAGAAGUGCAGAUGAAUGCAGUUGCAUCUGUUGAGUGGUCCUCUGGCAAACAAUACUUGUACACCCAAGGCCUGAACUCAUGCACUGCUGUUGCGAUUACUUCCGAGCGCGCUGGUAUCCUAGCUCACAUUGGCCCGUCGAGGAAGAACAGGAGCGGUGACCAGAACGUGAUAGAUCACAUGCAAGAGAUCAUAAAGAUCUACAACACGGGACGCGCUAAAGGCUUGUUCCUCGAACCCGGCAGCGUUGUCCUGGCUGCUAUUUACAACGGGUCAGUCGCGCUUCCGGACCAGGUCAAUGUUGUCAAAAAGGUCUUGGACCGACUUCAACUGCCCUUCAAGUACAAAGAGUAUCGCGUACGAGAGGCAACCGAAGACCGUCCGACUGGCGAGACGUCGUUGAUAAUCCAUUGCGCUCCUGGCCAGAAGCCACAGAUGUAUGUCAACGAAAUUCUUUGGGAGACGGAAUCAGGCAAUGCUGCUGAGAGCAGUAGGACGGCAUCGAAGAAUGAACAGCAAAACGAGAGACCGGAGCAGACUUCGAUCGCUGGGAAGGGAAAGAGACCACUUCAAGGCCAGUCAAGUGGGCAGCAGAGCACACAAGACUGGAACACGUACGCCUCAGAGAGAAUUGAGAGCGCGAGAGCCGCAAUGUCUCACAUGAUAGCGCAAGGAGGAAACCAAACUGAUGUCCUUGCACAGGUGAGGGGGGCGCUUGCAAAGGAGUUGCAAAUUACCGAAGACAAAGCAAGUAAUUAUCUGCCACAGGCUGCGACAGAGCAGCCAGCUACCGAGCGACAAAGCCGGCAGCAAAGCAGUAAACAGUGGAACGACUACGCCACGAGCAUGAUCCAGCAUGCACGAGCUGCGCGUGACCGUCUCGUUGCGCAGGGAAUUCCAGCAGGAACUGCUGUUGCGCAGCUCAAGAAACCACUUGCGCAACAGCUACGCCUGACAGAAGAGCAGGCAUCUGUCUAUCUCAAUUAA